ACUUCAUUGAUGAUUGACGACAACUCGGCCUACCUUUACUAGAAAUAUACCUGUAGAUUUCAACAACUGAGAAUUUAUCUUCUAAAAAGAGAAAUUCGGGAGUCAUUCUCGGUCGCUGUCCUUAGCCUACGUGUGAAGUUUGUUAUCCGUUGAGACAGUCCAAGAGUCAAGUGAGAAAAGUUAAUGUGAGCUGGUGAUAUCUUUUGCAUCCGUACUACGCACUGGUCGUAGGGGAAUCUACGACCUGUGUUUUUUUAACCGAACAAGGUCAAGUCACAAGUGUGUAGUCUAGCAUUUUUCUUGGAUUUAGCGAUCACGGACAUUUCAUUGUGCAGUUUUUUAAAUGUGUCGGAAAAUGGAUGCUUGCAACAAUUAGAAUUCGUUCCAUCAGGAGAGAAUAGUUUCGAUAGAAAAACCCUGCAACCACCAGACAAGCCGCCAUUGGAUCGGAUCAAACAGUUGCAAUUUUUUAGCCUGUUUUGACGGAAAAGUACGCGAAAGUCAUGAUUCCUGAACACCAGAAACAAUUCUUGGACAUGGGUCACCAGCGCAGCCGCCAGGUCCAGCCAAGCACCCGGGACCAUUUAGAGUUGAAAUCUGAACCAGAGGACUUCGAAUCGGCAUCAGAAGAAGGAAGUUUAGGGCACACUGAAAUGGCUUACCCCCCAGGAAUGUAUCAGUACGAGGUCGGCAGUCCCGGCGAAGACGGCUUGCCACGAAAAAGAUCAGCAGAAGAUCUCUGUAUAAUAGGAUCGAGGAAGAAAUCGAAAAAGGUAUCGAAAAUGCCAGCAUCGUCACCCGAAGAUGUAAAAACACAGAAAGUUUUAGCCAAUGUUCGAGAACGGCAAAGAACGCAAUCCCUCAAUGAUGGAUUCACGCAACUCCGCAAAAUCAUCCCUACCCUACCUUCGGAUAAGUUAAGCAAGAUACAGACACUGAAACUGGCCACGAAAUAUAUUGACUUUUUGUAUCAGGUGUUACGAAAUGGAGAACAGGACCAAAAGGCUUCGAGCAGUUGCAGUUAUGUGGCGCAUGAGAGACUUAGUUACGCUUUCUCUGUUUGGAGGAUGGAAGGGGCUUGGUCACACUGUCAAUGAAGAGGACCAGGGGAUCCUCUGGGUCGAGAAAUGCAUUAAAACAUUUUUUAGAGGGACAACAAAUCGAGAGAUCUCCAGACAACGUAUGGUUUGGUGACUUUCCGGGCGUGUGGGUUUGCCAGGGCUAUUUACGACUGAGAUGCAGCCGACAUUUACCGGUACGAAUCUUUUUGAUUUGGAUAUGCUGGAUAUAAUUGCCUGUGUGCUAAGUGAUUCAUUGGUGAAGAAGGCUGUAGCAGUAUCUUCAAAAUUAGUAGUACGCGGCAGUUAUAUUCCUCUCGAAAUGAACUUCAAGGGAUAUUAUAUUUCAGAAGAAUAUCAAUAUUUGUAUUCACAAACUGUGACAUCGGGUAGGGAGACGUAUUGUAAUUGGUAUCAAUUUUAUCUUGGAGUAACUUAGUCCAUGGUUAUUAGCAGGCUAUUAUCAUGUUAUUGUAAAUAGGAAUAAAUAGAUGAUAUCAUGAAAAAAUGGUAUUUCAUUUUGCGCUUUUUUACACGACAGUUGUUUUCCACUGUGUGUCGUCGAUGCUUUUCAUUGGCCUCGACAUGUAAAUUUAGAGGGAAACAAAUUCAUCGCAUAUAUAUGAUGCAAACGAAAUAUGCAAUGUGUAUAAUCGUUCCAGAUGUUCGCCAUAUUGCUGCCACAUUUUCCCUCGACCCCUGCGGACCAUCAAAACAUGUCCCCUUGGCGGCCAAAUCUGCAACCUGUUUUAGAAACGCGCCAGCAACGGGGUUUCCUUCUAUAAUGCAUUUGCAGCUGGGAUUGUUAGACCCUGAGUUAUGGAGAAUUAUGAUGCUUAUAGUUGUAUGUAAACACGCACUGCGUUGUUUUUUCUCUGGAAUGUUUCUCACAUCUGGUGACCACAUUUGCAGAGAAGGCCUAGACGUACGUAUCAUUGCACAACAUUUGUUUGUGAAAACUUCAUGCAACAGUUGAGAGAGUACAAAAUAUCGAUAGGCCAGCCGUCUGCUGGUUACACCACAAGAAUGCACCAGAAUGCAGGACUUGCAGAUGCCAGGAAACUAGAUUUCCGGUGGG